AUGGAUCUUGGCCCCUCGAAUGCUGUUAGUUCGGCGUGUGAUGCAACCUACUUGGCCGGCUUCCCGAGGGUAUCAUCAGCCAGCUUGGGAGCAUCGGCCACGGCUACAUACCCAAAUUCCUUAAAGAAGGAGAGGUCGUCACUGGCACCAUCGUCGGAGGAGAUCAGGUCGGCUUCGCCGGAGUCAACGCGGCGGCGACGGCGGCGGGAGAACAGGACGUACACGGAGUACGUGGCGGCGGCGGUGAGGGCCCCGCAGCCGGCGCCGAGGAGCAGGGCCGCUAGCGCCGAGAUCGCGAGAAGGAUGUCCCGACUUCGGUCCCUGAUGGAGCCGGCGACGGCGGAGUAUACUCUUAUGGGAAGAUGGGAUGGCAUGUCCACCAAUUGCGAUGGUCGGUGUCUCGACGGCGCCGAAUUCGGGGCGGGGGCGGCGGAUCGAGAAUCGGGAGGUGGCGGUGAAGAUGAGGGUGAGGUAUCGAGGGUUUUGGCGCUGGAGAAGGGGAUCAGAGUUAGGGUUCCGGUGGUGGGAAUUGAAAGGGUAAUCAGCGGUUGUGGUGGCGGAGUAAAAGAAGAGGGUUUUGCAGGGGCGGGCGGCAGCCGUAGCGGCGGCCAGGACGAAGACGAGGAGCGGAAGAAUUGGACACGCCAUUUUCAUUUACUA